GAGGUGAUGCAUGAGAUAGUAUAAAUAGUGCUACGAAAAGUUGGGGACAUCAAGCAUCUUGCAGAAACACAACAAGGGACAACCAAACACGGAGACGAUAAAAAGCUCUGUAGAUCAAACAUGAAUGUGGCAACAGUCUCUCUACUUCUGAUGGUAAGCUUGUUUGAAAUUGAAGCGGCACCAUUCAGUCAACUCAAAUGUUUUCAGUUUCGCUACAAAUUGGGACAGCAGCAAUGCGAACCAAAAAGAGGCUUCAAAGGUGAUUUAGUACCAUGCUACAACUUAUGUAACCAAAAAUUGGUUAAAUUUGAAGAUUGCAAUAAACAUCCUGAUAAUAUGCAUUGCUGUGUUCACGACUGCAGAUGCGUCAUGAAAGGAGCCGGAUAUGUUGAAAUCCCUCAAAACUAUACACUUUCUCUCGACGAUGAAAAAUUAUCGCAGUGGAUGAAGACCGAAGUAGAAGAAGGAUGUGAACCAGAAAACAAAUUUCCCAUUUCCGGAAAGAUUAUAGAAUCUGAAAGUACCAAAGCAAUUCUGAAAGAUUUGACAAUCCAGGAAACAGAUCCAGUUAAAAGUUCAGUAAAGGCGGGCCCAGAAACUACUGUAGCAAGCAAAACAAACGCCGAGACAACUGAACAAAAGGAAAAGAAGGCACCUGCGACUAAAUGCAUUGCAAAAGAUCAUUUUGUAUCGCAAUUUGCAAGAAAAAUGAAUGGAAUAUUCGAGCAGAUGGGUAUGAGAUGGGAAAUGGGCGUCGAGGAUGGCUGUAACUAAUAUAUAUUACUUAUACUCCAUCACUUUGGAAUUCAAAUUUUCAUUUUAAUCCAAUGUGUCUGUCGAUAUCUUUUUAUUUAUAUAUAUAUAUUCCUUUACUGACAAAGUAUCGUUUGAC